UCCCACACGUCCCAACACGUCCCAGAGAGUUCAGUUUCUAGUUUAAACUUUAAAAGCCAAAGAAACAGGAGCUUAGCGGCUGCUGCUGUAAUAUUGUUCAAUACAAACCCAUAAAGAUUUCUGCUCCUCAAGUGAAAGAAAGAAAUCCACAACAAUACUGGCCACAGAUGGCCAUGUCUAUGCAAAACACCAUAUGGGAUAGUGUUUUAGAGAUAACUAAGGUGGCCCAAGAAAAAGGCAGUGAUCCUCUAAUAUGGGCUCUUCAGGUAUCAUCUAGUUUGAGCUCCAAUGGAGUCGGUUUGCCUUCUCCAGAGCUUGCUAAUGUCUUGGUUUCUUACAUUUUCUGGGAUAAUAACAUGCCCAUUUUGUGGAAGCUUCUUGAGAAGGCCUUGGCUCUCAGGAUUGUGCCUCCUUUGAUGGUUCUUGCACUUCUUUCUGACAGGGUUGUUCCAUGCAGACGGUCUCGGCCAGUGGCAUACAGGCUUUAUAUGGAACUCCUUAAAACAUUUGCUUUUGCACUGAAGGGCCAAAUUAAUGUGCCAAACUAUGAGAUGGUCAUGAAAUCAAUAGAUGGUGUUCUUCAUCUUUCCCAUAAUUUUGGUCUUGAAGCUACCAGUCCUGGGAUUCUGGUGGUUGAGUUUCUCUAUUCAAUCGUGUCACAGUUGUUAGAUGCCUCUUUGGAUGAUGAAGGUUUGUUGGAACUUAUACCAGAGAUGAAGUCCAGAUGGGCAACCAAACCUCAAGAAAUGGAAAUUGAUGCAAAUGAUAAUUACAACCAGAUGCAAACUGAGUAUCAUGAGAAAUUGUAUAAGAUGAAUACUAUAAUGGCUAUUGAGAUGAUUGGAAAAUUUCUCCAAGAUAAAUCAACUUCAAGGAUUCUUGACCUGGUGCGCCUGAACUUUCCCACACAUUGGAUAAGGUUCAUCCAGAGAUUGCAGCUGCUUGGAACAAAUUCAUCAGCAUUAAGAAAUUCAAAAAUUCUUACUGCUGAGGAUCUUCUGCAGUUGACUACAGAUUCAGGUAGUAGCAUAGUAUCGAGUCGAGAAUCCAAGACAAGCUCACUGCAAAAGUUCCAUUCAGUUAUGGCUUUUGGCUCUCUAGUGUCUUCCUCUGGUUUGUGUCAAGGGGCUAGUCAUUCUGCCCUAUGGCUUCCUCUUGAUCUUGCAUUAGAAGAUGCCAUGGAUGGGUAUCAAGUUAAUGCAACCAGUGCUAUUGAAAUCAUAACCGGUUCAAUUAAAGCCCUUCAAGCAAUAAAUGGAACCACAUGGCAUGAAACCUUUCUAGGCCUUUGGGUUGCAGCUCUCCGUCUUGUUCAAAGGGAAAGGGAACCCAUUGAGGGUCCUAUCCCUCGAUUGGAUGCUCGUUUAUGCAUUUUACUAUCCAUCACAACUUUAGUGGUUGCUGAUCUUAUUGCUGAAGAUGAGAACACGCCUAUUGAUGAAUCAGAAUGUGGCUCAACAAAUCACUGGAAAGAAAAAAAACUUUCAGGAAAACGCCGCAUUGAUUUAGUGUCCAGCUUACAGUUAUUGGGUGAUUAUCAGACAUUGCUGAGUCCACCUCAAUCUGUUGUUUCUGCGGCCAAUCAGGCUGUUGCGAAGGCCAUGUUAUUUGUUUCAGGCAUCAAUGUUGGUAGUACAUACUCUGAGUGCAUCAGCAUGAAAGACCUGCCGAUAAACUGCUCUGGAAACAUGAGACAUCUGAUUGUUGAGGCUUGCAUUGCAAGAAGUCUACUGGACACGUCAGCAUAUUUCUGGCCAGGGUAUGUCAAUGGAUGCAUCAGCCAAAUACCUCACAGCAUGCCAGCUCAGGUGCCUGGUUGGUCAUCAUUCAUGAACGGGGUCCCACUUUCUCCGUCGAUGGUCAAUGCUCUGGUUUCAAGUCCCGCUUCAAGCUUAGCAGAGCUCGAGAAAAUAUUUGAGCUUGCGGUCAAGGGAUCAGAUGAUGAGAAGAUAUCUGCUGCUACAGUUCUUUGCGGGGCUUCUCUUCUCCGGGGUUGGAAUAUACAGGAACACACUGCUCAUUUCAUUACUAGAUUAUUGUCUCCUCCGGUUCCAGCAGAAUAUUCUGGGAGUGAGAGCCAUUUGAUACGUUACGCUCCAAUUCUGAAUGUACUAAUUGUAGGAAUAGCAACUGUGGAUUGUGUUCAGAUUUUCUCCCUACAUGGCUUGGUUCCACAACUUGCAUGCUCGUUGAUGCCCAUCUGUGAGGUUUUUGGUUCAUGCGUGCCUGAUGUCUCAUGGACUCUGCCCACAGGAGAAGACAUCUCUGCCCAUGCUGUGUUUUCAAAUGCAUUUGCUCUUCUUUUGAAGCUAUGGCGGUUUAAUCAUCCUCCUCUUGAACGUGGAGUGGGAGAUGUACCCACAGUUGGAUCCCAGCUAACUCCUGAAUACCUCCUAUCAGUACGAAACUCCCACCUAGUCUCUUCUGGAAAUGUCCUCAAGGAUCAGAACAAGAGGAGACUCUCAGCAGUUGCGACUUCGUCAUCUGCACAGCCCGUAUUUUUGGACUCAUUUCCCAAAUUGAAAGUCUGGUAUCGACAGCAUCAAAAAUGUCUUGCUGCAACUCUCUCUGAUCUUGUUCAUGGAACUCCUGUUCAUCAGAUUGUCAACGUGCUUCUUAACAUGAUGUUCAGAAAGAUUAAUAGAGGAAGCCAGUCAUUAACUACCGUUACUUCUGUAAGUAGCGGUUCAUCUGGACCAGGAACUGAUGAUUCUACUCCAAGACCUAAAUUACCAGCUUGGGAUAUCUUGGAAGCUGUUCCUUUUGUGGUUGAUGCCGCUUUGACUGCCUGUGCUCAUGGAAGACUUUCUCCCCGUGAACUGGCUACAGGCCUUAAAGAUUUAGCUGAUUUUCUUCCCGCAUCUUUGGCAACCAUUGUGAGCUACUUCUCGGCUGAAGUGAGCCGUGGAGUGUGGAAACCAGUAUUUAUGAAUGGUACAGACUGGCCCAGUCCUGCAGCAAAUUUGUCCAUUGUCGAGGAGAAGAUCAAGAAAAUAUUAGCUGCUACUGGUGUUGAUGUCCCAAGCCUUGCUGCAGGUGUGAGCUCUCUGGCUACAAUUCCACUGCCCCUGGCUGCUUUUGUGAGCCUCACCAUAACCUAUAAAAUUGACAAAGCCUCAGAACGAUUUCUCAAUUUGGCUGGUCCAGCAUUGGAAUCCCUUGCGGCUGGUUGUCCUUGGCCUUGCAUGCCAAUUGUGGCGUCUCUGUGGACCCAAAAGGCGAAGCGAUGGUUUGACUUCCUUGUGUUUUCUGCAUCCCGUACCGUCUUCCUUCACAAUAACGAUGCAGUGUUUCAACUUCUUAAGAGCUGCUUCUGUGCGACACUUGGUCCAAAUGCUGCAGCUAUCUCAAGCAAUGGUGGUGUUGGAGCUCUUCUUGGCCAUGGGUUUGGUUCCCAUUUUAGCGGGGGGAUUUCCCCAGUUGCUCCAGGAAUUCUCUAUCUGCGUGUUUACCGAAGCAUCAGGAAUAUUGUAUCGCUAAUGGAAGAUAUUAUUUCACUCAUGAUGCUUUCUGUGAGAGAAAUAGCAUGCACUGGUCUUCCAAGGGAGAGGUUAGAGAAGUUAAAGAGAUCAAAAAAUGGACUGAGGUGUGGACAGUUUUCGCUCACCACAGCAAUGACCCGAGUGAAACUUGCAGCUUCACUCGGGGCCUCUUUAAUAUGGUUAUCUGGUGGCUUAGGUUUGGUUCAGGCAUUGUUUAAAGAAACUUUACCAUCUUGGUUUAUAGCUGUUCACAGGUCUGAGCAGGAAGAAGGGUCCAAAGGGAUGGUCGCCAUGCUUGGGGGUUAUGCCCUAGCAUUCUUUUCAGUCCACUGCGGGGCACUGGCAUGGGGAGUUGACUCAUCAUCAAAACGCCGUCCCAAAGUACUUGGUGUGCACAUGGAAUUUCUUGCGAGUGCACUUGAUGGGAAAAUAUCACUUGGCUGUGAUUGCACCACUUGGCGGGCCUACGUGUCUGGUUUUGUGAGCCUAAUGGUGGGAUGCACGCCUUCCUGGGUGCUAGAGGUGGAUGCUGAUGUUUUGAAGAGACUAAGUAAAGGAUUGAGGCAGUGGAAUGAGAAGGAUCUUGCCCUGGCUUUGCUGGAAACUGGUGGGGUGGAGACUAUGGGUGAGGCUGCUGAACUGAUAAUCGAUGAUCAAUGAUUUCCAGUUGUUUUCUAGUCUUAUAGGUUAGCCAGUUUUCUCACAUAUAGUUGCUCCCUCCCAAAUUUUAUUCAAAUGUAAGCUUCUUUCAACUUUCAGAAACGGAAAGGGGAUGUCUUGUACAUAAGGCUUGUUGGUCUGUAACAUAGGGUCCUACACCAUGGACUGUUGAAGAGCAUGCUUAGUAAAUUGUCCAAGCUUUUUCACAAGGA